GGCACGCCAUUGGUCGAGCCCCUGUGGCCCCGCCCACUCCUCCCUGGCAGCUCGGCGGCGGAGUCAGGGCAUCGCAGGAACCCCAAAAUGGCGGAGCUGUGGAGCGGUGUCCGUGCUGCGCCAGCUGACAAGCAGGAGCCGCUUCCCAAAGCCAGGGACGCGAUGGCGGCGAAAGGCGGCUCAGGGAUCAGAGCUCAGCCGCUCCCCACCGCCGCCCCGUCCGCUGUCAGCCCCCGCCUUCUCCAUCCCGCCAAGAAGGUCCGGACUGACGAGAAGGGCUUGAAGCCAAAGCGUGUGAAUGGCGAGGGGGGCGGGGAGAGCAGCGGGCUGUCCGGGUACGGCGGCUCCGUAACGUGGAGUUUCCCGGCCGUGGCUGCAAGCGGGGGCCUCGCCCCGUCCGGCCCAGCCCGCUCCCCGCACAAACCGGGCUCCGGGACCCCGAGAGACAAGCCCCGGAAACCGCGCGACAAGGAGAGCAGGAGGCGGAGGGAGCCGGGCGGCGAGGAGAACGGGGCGGCGAAAGCUUCUCACCGGAUCCCCACACUGCCGGCUGCUCCUACUGCACCACGGAGAGAAAUCAAAGAGAAAAUGAAAACUAAAGACAAGGAAAAACAGAGAGAGAAAAAGAAGCAUAAAAUAAACAAUGAAAUAAAGAAGGAAAAUGGAGACCUCAAAUUACUACAGAGAGGUUUAAAUGAGAAGCUAAAGCCAAACUCAGACGAAUUGCAAAUUAAAAAAGUUAAGAAGAAGAAGAAAAAGAAACACAAAGAUGGUGAGAAACGAAAGCAUCCCAAAAUGUACAGCAAAUCAAUUCAGACCAUCUGUUCAGGACUGGUUUCUGACAUGAGCAAACUUCAAAACCAGGAAGCCAAAGCAGAAUACAAUGACAGUUUCAAGGACUUACUUGGGAAGAUGGAGGAGAAAAAAGGGACCGCUGAGAACGAGUCUCUUUUUAUCUCUCUGAAGGAGCCACGUGUUCAGUACAAGCUUAAGCGAUUGGACUCUUUGGAAUUCAAGCACCUCAUUCACAUAGAACACCAGCCGAAUGGGGGGGCUUCUUUAAUCCAUGCUUACAGUAGUGAACUCUGUCAACUGUCUCCUAUGGAGAUGGAAAGAUUUGCUGAGGAAUUUGUGAGUUUGGUAUUUAGUGAAAAUGAUAACUGUGCAGCUUAUUAUGUCAUGGGGAUUGUACAUGGGGCAGCUACAUAUUUACCGGAUUUUCUAGACUAUUUUUCAUUUAAUUUCCCAACUUCUCCAGUCAAAAUGGAAAUAUUGGGCAAGAAAGACAUUGAGACAACAACCAUUUCCAAUUUCCAUGCUCAGGUCAAGCGGACAUACUCCCAUGGUACAUACAGAGCAGGGGCAAUGAGGCAGAUCAGCCUGGUGGGAGCAGUGGAUGAGGAAGUUGGGGAUUAUUUCCCAGAAUUCUUGGACAUGCUAGAAGAGUCCCCUUUUCUAAAGUGCACAUUGCCUUGGGGAACACAAUCAAGUCUGCAGCUCAAAACUCGCAAAGACAGUGAUGAUGGUCCAAUCAUGUGGGUGCGCCCAGGAGAGCAGAUGAUUCCUGUGGCUGAUAUGCCAAAGUCUCCUUUUAAAAGAAAAAGAACUACCAAUGAAAUAAAAAACCUACAGUACCUACCUCGAGCUAGUGAGCCUCGGGAAAUGCUGUUUGAAGAUAGGACUAGAGCACAUGCUGAUCAUAUAGGACAAGGCUUUGAAAGACAGACCACAGCUGCUGUGGGUGUGUUAAAGGCUGUGCGCUGUGGAGAAUGGAAUGAACAGCCUCGUAUAACCAAAGAUGUAAUAUGUUUUCAUGCAGAAGAUUUUCUAGAGGUGGCACAAAGACUGCAGCUAGACUUGCAUGAGCCUCCACUAUCUCAGUGUGUCCAGUGGGUUGAUGAUGCAAAACUCAAUCAGCUGCGUAGAGAGGGCAUCCGCUAUGCCAGGAUCCAGUUGUAUGACGACGACAUUUAUUUUAUUCCAAGAAACGUUGUGCAUCAGUUCAAGACUGUCUCUGCUGUAUGUAGUCUGGCUUGGCAUAUUCGACUUAAGAUGUACCACACGGAGAUAAAUGAUGCACAGAAAAGUAAUAACUUUGAAGAACCCGAACUAGAAAAAAAGAUAAAGCCAGACCCUGGCAGAGAAGAUAAACUAUUCUGUGCUCCUAGCACUUAUACCUCUCAUGUACAGUUCGCUGAUGUUGGGCCACUGAGAGACCCAGCACAAAAACCACAGCAAAUAAAACAUGAACCAGUUUCUCCCAGCAGAAUAGGAGUAGGACAUGGUAAUAGAAAUCUUCCAUCAAUAUCCACACCACCUGCAGAAUGUCAGACUAUUAAAACAAAAACUGUUAAUGCCAAGGACUCCCCAAUAAAGACUGAAAUCGAGUCUACAUUGGACCUGGUUAACAAAGACUUGCAUGAUUUGACAAGGCAUGUCAUGCCAGAGGACACACGGCAACCGCAUUCACCAGCAAUUCCAACGGUGGAGACAGAAGAACAUAGCUAAAAUCUGUACAUGUGGUUUUAAAUUUCUCUCUUUAUUUCUUCUACCUGGCGUAAUAAUAAUAAUGUAAAGAUUGGUUAAUUGCAGGGCAAGCUUCUCUUUGCUCCGUAGUCUGUUACUGAAUAUAUAGUUAUGUAGUGAUGUAACAUUCCUCAGUGCCUGUCCAUAACUGUGAAAUAUCAAAGCACUUAGGGCCAGAUGCACUGUAAACACUGCAGGUUUAACAUAAAGAUGUCUCUAAAUUUUUAAGUUGUAGGUUCUAGGAUAGAGCUGACAUUAACAUAUAUAUUUUUUCUAAGAUGAGCCAGAAUUCUUUUUGACAAUUCCAGGCUUUUCCAUAGAGCUUAUUUAUAUCAAUUUUUCAUUUUAAAUGUGUCAGCACUGUAGUGUAAAUAGCUUUUUUUAAUCUUUUUAGUGUGAUUUAUAAUGAAAUGUGAACCAUCUAAUAAAGGUUCAUAACAAUG